CGAGGCUAACAUCGCUCGCCCAAGAGCCGACCCUCAAGCUCGAAGCGCGCCCGGACCGUUGCGUUUCCCGCGCGCUCGCCACUCUGACUGCUGGAAGGGCUGUAUAGCCUGCGGGGCAGUUUUCCGGGCACGGCACGGUCACUUUCCCAUCUGCAGCGGACGCCGCGUCAAUGCCAUCUCGGGCCUCGAAAUCGACCAAGUCAAAACGCCGAAAAUCGGCAGCCCGAGAGUCGCCCGUAUACGAAGUUCGGGACAUCAUCGACGAGAAGGUUUUCAAGGGCAAAUUACACUACAAAAUCGAUUGGGCAGAUAAUCCCAUCACCGGCGAGCCCUACCCGCCCAGUUGGGAGCCAGCAGAAUACGUAUCAGCAGUCGCAGUUGCCGAUUGGGAGAGAGAGAAGCGCCGACGACAAGGCCUCGAGCCUGAGAGUUCCAGUGGCGCCACCGAAAGCGACCCUCAACCUGUGCUAACCACAAGCGAAAGAGCAAAGCGUCGCAGGAGUCUCCCGGCGACUGAAGGAGAGGAGAGCCCGCAGAAACGAUCCAGGGAGUCCGUUGACUCGGGCUACACAUCCAGUCCCGACACAGGCGGCGCCGGUGAAGGCAGCUGGGCGUCGGUGCAGUCGAUUCCGCGGAAGACAAGUGAGAUUAUCUGCGAGAUCCCAGCCGUCCCUGAUUUCAACAGGUCAGAGUAUCGAAUAGUCAGCUUGCCCAAAUCCGCGCCAUCGUUGCAAGCGAAUUCCUCGUAUGUCACUGCCCAGAACGGCGAGGACAACCUACAAGCCGGUGGCCGAAUCAGCCAGAGGACGAUUCCCGAUUCCCAAGGUUCCGAUUCUUUGCACACACAAUCUACGGCUGGACCCACUACCGAUCUUAUUGACGUUGGUGCUGCACAGGAGGAAUUGGACCAGGAACGGCCGGCCUCAGACAAGGAGGUCCAGACAAGUCGCUCCGACUUGGACAUACCGUCUCGCCAACCUGAAGCAGUAGAUCACGAUUCAGCACAUUCCACCGGUCUUUGCGCACCGAGCUCCACGCUAGAGCAGCCGGAAGAGAGUUCUUGGGGCGAAGGCUUCCUUACCCAGCCAGAGUACGAGCCACCGGUUUCCUUGGGCGAGCUCGAGUCUUCCCAUACGGGAGAAGUACUUUUGAGCAACGAGACCCAGACCGGAGACCCUCACAAGGAGCAAGAACAGAGCCCGGAAGACUUGACUGUGCCUGGAAGUCAUUCUCUCCCCAGCGUACGGGAGUCUCACUCUCAUUCUCAAGCUGCUCAAAGGAUUCUCUUGCCUGAGAGUAACCCGGGGGGUUUUCUCACCCAAGUCUCUGUGGUCGUCGGAUCCCCAGGCGAACAAACCAUUCCCGACACCGUCCAAAAGGCGCCUAGGGGAAGGUCAACUGAUCGACAUUCCAACCCAGGCGAGCGCAGUCCACGGGGAAGAGAGGGUGAGGAGUUGGGGUUCAACCGUCCGGAGAGCACUUCUUCACGUCUUUCGACCCCGGCGCCGAAGAGAAAUAACGCACCUCUUCUGUCCACUCCGCAAAAUCAGAAGAUGGACAGCUCCACGAUGCACACUCCGCUCUCCGCGGUCGACAUGAUACGCCAAUUACAGGCGGAGAUGCUUGGCACAGCCCCUGACCUAGCUACAUCCACAGAUUCUAAAUCAGAUGACCCUAUCUGCCCGUCCCCAGCAGGCUUUCCAGCUCGGGAACAACCUCCAUCAGCAGCUGGAGAUCUAAACCAGGCCGUUGGAACAAAUAUCAGCAUCCACGAUGAAAACGUUGUCAUGGGUGGUCACAGCAUAGCGUUUGAACACCCACCAGCCACGGUAGCACCGGCGGACUUGACUACCUCGAUUGAACACAUAUCAGGCCCUGACGAUGGUGUAUCGACAGAGGCCCCGCAACUCUUCACUACCGGUCAAGAGCGUGUCAGCCCCAUCUCCGCCGGCGUCGAACCCCCUCAAGUGCGCCCGGAUGUCGACGGCGACGAGCAAGAAGACGAUAGCCUUGGUAGGCAUUUCACCGUGACCCUGCCAAUGGCUGCGAACACCCGGGCCAUCUACCUCGAUGCCAUCAAGGUCAAUAGGGCGACUAUGAUCAAAUUUGGCGACAUCUUUGCCAACUCAGACUCGAGCGUUCCCGAUGCCUCGCUGGUGGCGAAGAUGGACGCUAUUUUCGAGCGGCUGCUGAAUCUCUGCGAUCUCCCUGCGUACGAUGACUCCCUUCCGCAAUUGAACAAGGACGACAUGAUGAAGCAUGCUACGAACUCAAACAGCAAGUUCUCGUUCGUCUACGAAUUUUUAAGCGGAUUGUGGGAUAUCAACGCCCGUGCCCUGAUUCUUUCUCAGCCCGGCCGCGUCUUUGACUACAUCGAAGCGGUCGUCUCGGCCGCGAAUCUCACGUACUCCAUCUUAGGGAACGAGGGCUCGGGACAGCCUACAGAUGGAGCGUCGGUCAUUUUGGCCGUGGCGGGUCAGGACCUUUCCAAAGUACAGGGAGGGGUUGAUGUCGUAAUCGCAUUUGACCAGGCUGCUAGAUCCGUUGAGCUCCCAGCAACAUUGGCCUAUGAGAGUAUGGCACCCAUUGUUCUUUCGCUGGUCGCCACGUAUUCGCUGGAGCAUAUCGAUCAGCAACUCCUCGAGGUCGAGCAAGAUCUGGAUGUCUUGGAAAGGAAGAAUGCGCUCAACCUGGCAACUGCCGCCGCAGUGAAGUAUCUGAGAGAUCCGGCAGUAAGGCGGUACCCCGAGCCGCACGAAGCGGCCAAAACUUUUGCCGACUUUUUGAGAAACCCCGAGAAUGGCCUGGACUGGGAGCCUCACCCACUGCCUGCUGAUAUUUUUGAGAUCUGGCUGAGUUCGCAAGAGCGCACACAAGACUUUCAGGAACACACCCAUCAGGCAGAUGUUUUGACCGGUUCCGUGUCUCGGAAACGUCAUCUGGACCAUGCCGCAGAGGGGAUCCCGAAACGUCCAAAGCUUCUCUUGGAGUCACAACAACCUUCCCGGAACACGACACCGGCACGGAUGAGUGACCUGCUCAAGAUGACCCUCGAUAUCCAUCCGGUUGAUGGCAAGACUACGCAAGUCAUUCAAGUGCCUGUAGAACAACUCGAGCGAAUGGCAGAAAGGAUCGCUGAGCUGGAAGGCCGCCUCACGACACAAAGUACCGUAGAGGCAAAGCUGCGGGAACAAGUCUCGAGUCUCGAGUCACAGCUCCAAUCUCACGUGCGAACCGUCCAGUCGCUCCAGCCGAAGUUUAAGGAUGCUAUUCGGGAUCGAGCGAACUUCGAAAAGGAGUGCAAGGCGGCUGUCGACAAGGCAAAUGCCGCGACGGAACGUUUCGAGGCUCAGAAGGCUGAGAUAGAGGCCCUAAAAGAGAAGAACAAGCUCUUAGAGUCAAAGGUUGCGGAAACCAACGCCAUGCUGGAGAAGUCCAGCGUCCCCGAAGUCGCGAAGCUCGCUCAGGCCGAGAUCCAGCGUGCGGAAGCCGUCGCUACAGUAGAGAAGCUGGAGAAGAAGGUCCGGCUAGCCGAAAAGGAGGCUGAAUACAGCCGCAAGGCGUACCAGGAUGCUUCCCACGCGCAUUCCGAGCUCAACAGGGAGACCCAGGAGUUGAGGAGCAAGAUUGGCGAACUCGAGAGACGGGCCGGUGAGAAUCUGCUCAAGAUCCACCAAAUCCAGGCGCAGAACGAGAUGGCCGAGGUCAACCGGCAAGUUGACGAGCUGCGAGCGAUGCUGGACGACCGCGAGCGUGAGUUGGAACGCGCCAAGGAAGAACUGAAGGUCAUCAGAAACGGCCGCCGUGAGACACGACAGGGUAGCGUUCCUCGCAGUCCACGGCUGGGCGUCAUGAGUCCCCGGCCGGGCCGUGUUAUCGGGGGUGCAGGCAGCCGAGGCACCAGCCCCGCGCCGCUCAUCAGUUCGGACGGGCCCACCGGUGCCGCUGCGCCGGGCAUGCCGAACCUGGCCUCGAGCUUCUUCCCCUAUGCUGUCAGCAACAAUGGUGGCCGCUGGAAUCACCUCCGGGAUUAGGAGCACCGAAGGGGUGCCAGCAACAGUGUGUC